CACUAAGUCUUCGUCCAUUCUACCAGCCACAACCAGUAACAAGAUCCGUCAACAAGCUCUCCAGCCUCCAAUCUUCAACCUCAGAAGCAAGGCAGCACUCUAUCCCACACAAUGGGUCUCAUCACCGGCCUCGUCUCAACCGUAGUCCACGCCGCCGCCGGCCGGAACCCCUACGGCCACAACCACAAUAACCAGUCCUCAGUCACAACCCCCGGCGGCGGUGCUGCCCCCGGUUCCGCAGCCGGUCCCCACGAAGGCCACAACCACACGGGACCCGACGGCCAGCCCUGCGGCAUCUGCAAAGUCGCCCUCCCCUUCGGUAAAGGCCGCGAGGCCAAACGCGAACGCAGAGCCGCGCGCGACGAGCGGAAGGCUGUAAUUUAUGCCAUGAGGGCGCAGCAGCGCGGUGGGAGGAGGGGACGGUACGGGUAUGAUACUGCUGGGUUCAUGGGCGUCGCUGGGCCUUAUCAGCAGCAGCCGCCGCAGCAGCAGGGGUAUUUCAACAACAACGCCAGUAACAACAUGUCCCGUGGUGGCCCGUCGUCUGGGCAGGAGGAGGGCGUCGGGGAGAGGAGGCGGGCUUCUACGGGCGAUGAUGUGCCGCCGCCUGCGUACUCUGCUGCCGGACCCUCGUCUUUGAAUGUUGGCGUUGAGGCGAGUCGGAGCGUGGAGGUUUUGGGGAAUGGUGAUGAGAAGGAGCGUCAGGAGAAGGAUUGAAAUCCGGCGUUUGCUAUUAGUGAUGACUGUUUGUUGGUUUCUUUUGUGUGAUGAGUAGAGCGAGCGUGGCGUCAGGUACUUUAGGGAUAGAUGGUUCAAAUAUUCAUUUUCAUGAUUCGAAAUCACCCUUUUUAUGUGACUCUUGGUCUUGUGUCCAAUUCACAGAUGCUUGGAUGCUGUCGUGACGAAUGCUGAUGUACAAUUGGGGCUUCUCUUUCCUCCACACCCCAUCUAAGGCCCCCUUAACUUUUCGUGCCAAAACC